CUUGAUUCUUAUGACAAUGAUAUUAUAGCUUUGUCAAAUGAAUCAAAUAUGUCAGAUAUAUCAGAGAAUCCAAACGACCCAGACAUUGAAUCAAACUCAAGCUCACCUGAACAAUCCACAUCACAAAAUAAUGGCGUUACUGUUAUUACUAAUAGUUUGGGUAAAAGAAUUCAAAAAAAAAAAGCUUUUACGCGCAACAAAAAAUCGAGACCUAGUAAAAGUUGGGUAUGGCAUUAUUUUAAACGAAAUAAAGUUGAAAAAAAUAUAUAUUGCCAAGUUCAAACAACAAAUGAAGAUGGUAACAAAGGUACCUGUGGUCAAGAAUAUGAGUUAUCAACUGGAACAGGAAACUUAAAAUCUCAUUUACGCCAA